AUGGCGGUAAAGAUGAAAGGGAUCUUCAAAGGGCUGAGGAUAUUCUCGCACAUGUUUGCUCAAAAGGAGCAUGAGAUGGAAAUCGGGUUCCCUACAGAUGUAAAGCAUGUGGCUCACAUAGGGUUGGGCACCAGCGACACAUCUCCAAGCUGGAUGAAUGAGUUCAAGUCGUCAGAAGAUAUGUCUGCAGGCUCUCUGAGCACAGCUGAGCAGUCAAGGCAGACUUCUUGGACCUCUACAGACUUUGAGCCAGCAAGAUCCAUGCUGCCAACUGAGAUCAAUUUCCCAGACAGACCAGCGCAGGAGUCCUCCUCCUGCCCCCCAAGAGGCCCCAGGAAGGCAAGGAGGAAGAAGACCAGGACAUCGUCCCCCACCUCCUCUGCAAGAUCAUCUUCCUCGAGGUCGAGGGCCUCCUUCGCGACGGCGUUCGACGAUUUCAACGAGUCGCAAAGAGGGCUCCGGGUCGUGUAA